UGAGUUUGAGGUGGGUAGAGUCGGCCUGCCCCGCAGGAACGCGAGAACUGGGUCCAGGGAGUUAGGGCGCAUCUCCAGGAUAGAAAAUGUCAAUACUCACUUCUCCAAGAGGAAAGGUAGAAGUGGUUCAUUGCCGAAGAACAGAAUCGCAGGAUGUUUAUUGUAUCAAAAACCUCAUUAGACAAUUUACCCAGAAGCUGUUUGGACAGCUUAAUAUCAUUUAUCUUCUGGAGAAGGCAAACCUUGCCAUUACUCUCUGCAAUGACAAGGAGGAGAUCAUGGCUCAAGCCACCUUCCUGGACUACCCCAACUGGAAUGUGGCCAAGCAGGAUGACUGGGUGUCUGUGUUCCGGGAACUUGACAGUGAAAUCCCAUGCACACCUCUGAACACAUUGUUCAUGCACCUCUUUGUGGCUGUGAAUGAGUAUUCUGUUGGCUGCUGCAAAGAGAUUAUUCGGACCGUGUUUAAGGCAGUGCCAGAACUGCACUUCAUCUUUCUCAUAGUGCCAUCCUACAUAAGCCUAGUGGGGGACAUGACGAGUCUGACAUAUGACGAGGACUUUGCCGUGCAUGUAUGUCACAGACACAACCAUUACCCUCAGCUGCACAUUCGUAAAGCCAGGGUAGAAGAUCAUGAUGAUCUCAUGCCAAUAUUUAUGCACCAUAACACAUUUCUGAAAGCAACUUACGGCGAUUACUUCCUGGCUGAACUAAUAGAAGCCCAAGAUGAAGAAAACCAUGCUGUCGUGUGUGAGGUAGAAGGUGUUGCUGUCGGGUUCAUGAGUGUAUGCUCAAGAGUGAACAUGCAGCUCCUGCAUGAGUGCUUUGACUUGGGGCCCUUCCAUGGACUCUGCACCCCACAUCCUGAUGAUGUUCUGGAGCCACCACAAGAGCUCAGUGUUCCCGGAAGUCAAGAUGCUGAGCGAAGGAGUAGCAGCCAGGACUCCCAGAAAAUAGUCGAAGAGCCACAGGAACCUGUCUCACCAGAGGCCAGGGAAAGUGAAAACAACCAGGGAAAAACUGCAGAAGAAGCUGCAACUGAGGAACUUUCAUCCAUAGUCCAAAGUGGAAAUACUAGUGAAAUGGAGGACUUAGAAAAUCUCCAUCAAGUGUCCACUGAGGAUGAUACAAAUCACUGUGUCAGUGCUAUGAGCUCAGCAUCCAUCUCACUGCCUAAGGAGAUCAAGUACUUCCGUCCCAUCUACAUGGGAGCCUCCUCUGCUUUUUGUAUCCAGCUGUUUUGUAUUGAUGAGAAAUACGAAGCAAGGUCGCUGGACUUUAUGAAUUUUGUUUUCGGUCUCUUUCCUGACAAGAACUUCUGCCUCAUUUCUCUGCCACAUCUCACCCCUGAGUUUGUCCUUAUCCAGAACUUCGUGAAGAUAGUCCCCUUCAAUAACUGCACCCUGGAGCAGGAUCUCUACGUCUUCCAUCGGGCGGGAUUACUCAAGACCAUUAAUAUAAGAUUAGCCAAUUUAUCGGAUACUCCUGGUGUUGAAAAUCUUGUCAGCACCCUCAUGGUGAAUAAAAGGAUAUUGGAGGAUUUAAAGCAUUACAAUGAGGCUCGCAGAGACCCUGAUGGAACACCACUGCAGGCAUUUGUAGCUGAUGUGGCAGAACAAAUAGUUGGCAUUGCAGUGAUCAGAAAUGAAAUGGAUGUAGAAUACAUUCGGUCCCAUUACAACAUUGAAGAUUUCAUCUACUUCAAUCACCACCAGCGUGAAGAACACGGGCACUUGUAUCACUUUGCCCUGAACCCCAUUUUUCGGCACUACGCCAGGUUUUUUCUGAAGGAGAUCCUCCGUUUGGGCUAUAAGUCCUGUCUCUACUACCCUAUUUAUCCAGAGUCCAGGGAAAGCAAGUUCCAGAGCUCCUACGCCCACUCCCUGACAUCCGCCCUUCAUUACUUGGUUCCCGUGCGACCACGACGACAGAUUGUCUAUCCUCUGGAAAAGCUUGGCAUCAACGCUCCAUCAAAGGCGGUCUCCAAGGCUCCGUUGAGUUAUGCCUUGAACCAUACAAACAGAAAACUAACAUUGGAACCUAAAAUAACUGUCAAUGCCAGGAUUGUUGUGGUUGGUGCAUCCAGUGUCGGACUUUCCUUCCUGGAGACGUUGGUAUUUUGCUCUCACCUGAAGUUUAGUAAUCUCACCCUGAUUUCAACCCACGGACUCCCUGGAAAAAAACUUCUGGGCACUGAACAAAGGAAAUUUUUAGCAUGCGACCACUGUUUUAAUGAUAAAGAUCACGCGUUGAUGUCGCUGUGCUCCUGGGUCAAUGUGGUGGUUGGUAGAAUGACUGCCAUAGACCGAGCAGCCAAGCGUGUCGUGGUUUCUCAGGAAGAAAUUGUGCUCUAUGACCACCUCAUCCUCUGCACCGGGCAGCAGUACCAGGUUCCAUGCCCUACAGGGGCUGAUAUUAGUCAACUCCUGACAAACAGAGAGAUUCCAAACAGCAGUAAGCAGCGAUACACUGGUAAAGUUCCUUGCAAUCAUUUCACUCUGAAUGAUGAAGAAGAUUGCUUGAAGGCCCUGACGUGGAUAAGGAACAACUCCAUCAUCAUAGAAGGGAAUGUCAUUGUCUAUGGGGAUACAAUUGACACUUACACCACAGUGGAGGUACUCUUAAACCUUGGCAUGAAGGGCUCCUCCAUCUACCUGGUGCAGCCCCCGCCCACCUCUACCAUCACCUGUAUCAACAACUACUCGGUGGAAAGUGCAGUGGAGGAUGCACUCCGAGCAGCAGGGGUUACCAUUUACCAGGAGGCGCUCCUGGCUCAGUGGAACGACGGCCAAAACCCAGACCCCAUUCACAGCGCCAGCUUCACCACACCGACCAAGCCUUUUAAACUUCCAUGCUCGCUAUUCUUCAGCUUCUUUGAGAAAAGUGUGGAUUAUGAAACAUUUAAAGCGAUCAAUGAUGCCUGUCUUGUGUAUGAUGGUCGACUCGUGAUCGAUGUGAACUUCCAGACCAACGACGUAGCCAUCAGAGCUGCCGGCUCCCUAACCAAAUUCUCCAAUAGAUAUUACUCAAAUGAGUGGAGUCACAGUAGCUUCAGUUCCAAAGAAAUUGGCUUCCAGCUGGCAGCAGCCAUGCUCAAUCUCUUUGAUCCGACCCUUGAGCCUGUGACAGAGCCUCCAGCUGAUCUCGACCGACUCAUCCCCAUGUACAAGGGAGCAAAGAUCCAAGGAGGCGUUCUUCCUGGAUCUUACCAUUAUCUGCAUAUCACCAAGCCUGCUAUUCAAACUUCCUUGAAGGUACAAAUGGCCCAGCCGGAUUUUGGUUCAGAAAUAGUAACAGGCAAUGCGAAAGAUGGAACUUACUUCCGAAUACAUAUUAACAAGUAUAAAAUGGUGGAAACCAUCACAUGCCUUUCUAAGGAGCCUUUCCCUUCCUCCAACUAUAUCCGCUUGUUUGGCCAGCAUGAGCAAGUCCUCAACAACCUGUGUGCUCGGUACGAGGACAAGCUGAUCACAGAUCUGUACAGCUACUUCACGGAGCCGUGGUGUAUGGCCCUCUUUCACGAUCGUUUUAUUGAUCUCAGGAAAGAGUUACGCCAAAUCUUAACCUCCAAGGAGGAAGAAGAACAUCCUUCCAUGGAACAGUUAGCCCGUCAGAUAGAUGACGAAAUUAACCUGAAUGAGAACCCGAGGAAAUACCUCAGAAGAGUUUUCCAGGAAACCAUCUACAAGACGCUGGUGGAGAAAAGCAUCCUUGACUACCUGCACUAUAAUCACUACCACCUGCCCAUGUACGCGUGGCCAGACAUCAUUUAAUUGUCUCCACUAUAUUGUUUUCACACAUGUAGUUCCUGGAAGCGUUCUGUAUAAAUAGGAAACCUCUCUGAAGCCUGGCUUGACAGCCAGCCAAGCACCACCAUCUCCUGGUUCUGUCGUUUCUUUUCUGCGUCCACUUACGCCUGUAGUUUUCUAUCAUCCCAGUAGGUGGCGCACAGCCGUGCGUCCCUGUUCUGGGCCAGAGAAAUGCUUUCCUAAUAGCAGACAUGUUCUAUGCAGAAUAAUCCAUUUUAGCCAUAAAAAUGACAUCGUACUGUAUAAAACUUGUUUUUACCUUGGGUGUGACUCAGUUUGAUUUCCUGAAAUGUUCUGCUGCCAAUUUUGUUAGUUCUUCACAUGUUUUAUCACCCAGUAAUACUCCUGGGUGAUAAAAAAGAAAAAUGUGUGCCCACAUGGAAAAUUAGCAAAACGGAGGAUGAGAAAUUAGCUCUGUGAUCCAACAUCAGAGGGACUGAUUGUGUAAGAAAGUAUAAGUCAGUUUUUGAAACAAGGAAGCUUUGACCACGAUCCUUGUAUUUCUACUUCAUGUAGGAAAUUAUGAGCAUAAAUGCAGUGAAAAACUGGAAUAUAACACACAGACUCAUGCACAGGUUUUACACUAGAAGACGCUAGUGGGAAAUUAAUCUAGUUGAUUUCCUUUGACCCUUAGCACUGUUGUUUUGCACUAGUGGCCGGAGCAUGUCAUAUGUAAUGUGGGUCAGAAACCCUCUUUCUUAUAAAUAAAGCAAAUUAAGUGUGUACUAAAAAACAUACAGAUUCAGGAACAACAAAUAAGAUUGUUUUCAUUUAUUUGGAUUUCUUUUAGUUGAUAGUGUGACACUAUUUGUGACUGAAUUUUAUCAGCAGGGCUUAAAAUUGAUUUUCAUAGACACAAUUCCAGUUUUUGUUCAUUUUUUGUAUUCAUAUUAAUGUUUAGCAAAAGUUGGCAUAAUUACAAGAAUUACACAGCUAUUAGGAGAAGAAGUCAUAGUUUGGCAUUACAGAAUUGUACACCCAGUAUCAAAGUCAUACUUCUCAAAAUAAAAUUGUUCCAGAACACUAGACUGAUUUUUCUAAAGUAGGCAAAAGCAAGCAAUAGACUCCACUAAUUCCUUCAAAUGUAUGUUUAUCACAAAUGCAUGGGUUAUUUAGGGAGAGGGCCCAGCUUCGGCCACAUGCUACAAACUGUGUAACUUGGAGAACAAUCAUUACUGGUUCACUCUUCAAACUACAGACCCAACACACA